AUGUUAAACGAUGGUUCUGGUGAAAGUUCAACAUUGACAAAAGAAAAAAGAAAACUUAUUUAUGGGAGAACGGCAUUGGAAGAACCGUUAAAUACGUGGAUCUGCUUGUUGAAAGAUAUUUGGAGAAAGGAAACUGAUAAGGCUUUACAGCUUGAACUCAGCCAAUCUAUUUUGUACGAAAUAUUUGAUGGAAAUGAAAAUCCUUUUGAAGCUUUUAUUUCCUUAUAUAGGGCAUCAGAAAGUAGUGAUCAAAAACGAGCCACAUUGUGUUCUAUUAUUGUAAAAAAUUUUGGUUCUUGGUUAGAAAAAUGUGCAUAUAAAGAUGAAUUAUAUAAAAAGUUUAUGAACCAGGAAUUGAAGGAAUUGGCUUUUAGUGUUGGAACGCAUAAAAGUACGGAAAAUCUGGAAACAUUUAUUGAUAUUUUUGAAAUGAACGAUCUUCGAAUGAUCAACCAUGUAUAUUAUUCCAUAAAGGAAAUGAUGGAACUGAAUAAUUAUUUAAAUGCGGUUAAAUGCGCCAUAGUUUUUAAAUUAGAAUCUUAUUUCACAAUCCAAGAAUUGGCUGUUCCAUGUAUUUUACAAGAUCUUUCAAUAUUGGUUGAAAAACUGCUUGAGAAUAAUAAGAUAUCACAAAUUGAACUUGUUAAAUAUUUUGAUCAGUUCAUCGGACUUUCCAAAACAGCGGCAAAUAUCGCUCCUCGUUUUAUAAAAAGCCGACAAGAAAGCUCACUGAGAUACAUCGUUUACCAACGUUUCAAAAAUGCUGAAAUUUCUGAAGAAGGAUAUUUUGAUUUUGUUCGACAUGCUAUGCAAAAUCGUGAAUUGCAAAUUUACUUUGUAAAUUAUUUGGUCGACGUGAGGCAAUAUGAAGAUGCUGUUUUUUGGACCAUAUAUUGUAAUAUGUUUCGUAAACCUCCUCGCAAAGUGUUGCCAUAUCUUAAUGAUAAUCAUAUGUUUGUACAAGCUCAAGAAAAAAUUACAAAAUUAAAUGCCAAUUUGGCACCUAAUCUUGAUAAACUGGAAUUAUUCAAAGGUCAUCCGAUUAAAAUGAUAGAUACAAUAGUUAAACUAGAUCAAUUUUUGGUGAUUCUUCAAAAUUCUCCAAUUAUUGGUUAUGAUUCAGAAUUCAAGCCGUCUUUUUUAUCUACUGAAGUUGAGGUUCGAAGGCACAUGACUGAUUCUUCCAAAGUGCUUGUUCAGAUUGCUCUCAUUCAAAUAUCAGUCCCGGAUUGUAGUUAUUUAUUAGAUGUGAUAGCUCUUGAAGGAAUCAUGCAGGAUUGGCAAUGGCUUCAUUUGUUCCGUCUUUUAUUUUGCAGAGAGGAAUCGAUUGUUUUGGGAUUCGCUUUUCAGAAUGAUAUUCAUGCACUUUGUUCAACGUUUCCUGUUUUCAAACAAAUUCAACAUGAGAUUCGAAAUGUGAUUUGCAUCAUGAGACUAUUAUUGCGCGAAAAUGCAGCAAUUAUAGGCCGUAACAAUGCAGAGUCAUUUGUUAAAAAUAAUAUUGGUGGUGAAUUUUGCCAUGAAAGGAAUGAUGCAAUUAAUCAGUCAUUCUCUGGAGUCAAAAAUGAAUUUAAUCAAUGUGAACCAGCUGAUAACGAAGUUAAUCAGUGUGAACUAAUUGAAGAAGUUAAUCAAUGUGAACUAGCUGAUAAAGGAGUUAAUCACUGUGAAGUAGCUGAUAAAAAAGUUAAUCAGUGUGAAUUAACUGAUAAAGAACUUGAUGUGUCAUCUUCAGAUAAAAGUUUUCAUUUUCGUUUGACCGAUCUAUGUCGUUGGAUUUUGGGAGAAGAUUUGGACAAAAGAGAACAAAUUGGAAACUGGGCUGUACGACCUCUGCGAAUGGCUCAGUUAAGAUAUGCUGCUUUGGAUGCCUUUUGUCUGAUUAAAUUAUACGAAAAAUUGAAAGUAAAAGCAAUUGAACUAUCGAUGGAUUGGGAAAGACAUAUCAACAUAGGUUGUAUAAAUGCCAAAUUCACUGGAAUAAAAAAACCGAAGAAGAAGAAAAAAUGCAAUGAAGAACGUUUUCAAGAAGCAAUAGCGCGAGUUAAUGCCUAUCAGGACUCUUUCCAAAAUAUUCGUGGGCCACGCGAUGUAAAGAUUAUUGUGGACACGAUGUUUUUGGGAUUGGGGAAGCACUUGCGGCGGUGUGGCGUUGAUACUCUACUUGCAUAUUCAAGAGACGAAUUAAUAGGCUUCGCCAGAGAAGAUACUACAAGGAUCAUUUUGACAUGUGGCAAAUCAUUUGAUCAACUUAAUAGUCGUAGCUCAAAUUCCGGUUUUGGAAAGAUAUUGUGUGUUCCUUCCCAUAAUUCUGUAUUUCAACAAUUAGAAAACGUUUUAAAAAUCUUAAAACUUCGACUUACAAGAGAAGAUAUUUUUUCACGCUGUAUGAAUUGUAAUUCGAAUAUUUUUGUUAUUGCACCUGCACCAGUUCUCGAGGCUUUAUAUUACAUGGAUCCGAAAAACUUGUACCGAAUGCAUAAUUCUUUUUUCAUGAAUGAAAAUGAAAAGUAUUUUUCAAAAAUUCGAAAGAUUGAUCCAAAUACUUAUUCCGGAUAUGGCUGUAAACUAGUAGUUGAUAUAAAUACUUCAAGUGCAGUAGCAUAUUGUUAUAAUGGUUUAAUAGAUCUCAGUGGUGGUCUUGUUAAAUCGAAUAAAUCGGAUUAUCCUGUAUUUAUGAGGUAUCAGAAGUUCCCACCAAACGUAUAUGAGGAAAUUGGCAGGUAUUUCUUCAGCAUUUAUUUAUACAGCUCUUUUUUUAAAGUUAAAAGCAUUUCAGUUGAAUCUAAUGCUUAG